UGGACUUGCAUCAUGGAGGCUCGCAGCCAUUCCAGCAGCCAGCAGGUUCUGUGCAAAGAUGUGGAGGGUUCUAAAGAGAAGACUGCCAAGUACCAGGUCUACCAGCGCGUGGCUCUGAUCCUGGCUCUGGUCUUCCUCAUUUCUGGUGUCUGCAUUUUCAGCUUAGCCUAUCUGUGGAGACCCAGCCUGGGGAAACUCUACGACCACGAGUACAAAGCGGUGCUGGACGGCGUCGAGAAAGACGGCCUGAUGGAAAUCGACCCCGUUCGACAGGUUGAAAUUUUCCGGAUUGGAAAUGGGAGUCAGCAGGUUCUGGAGGUGCACGACUUCAAAAACGGACUCACUGGGAUCCGCUUCGCCGAACAUCAGAGGUGCUACAUCAGGGGCCAAACAAGGAAGAUCCCGAUUGCGCCAGAGGUGGAAGCCGACGACGGCGGCUUAGAGGUGGAUGGAGUGGACACCAAGGUGGAGGACUCCCAAGUGUGGGUUCCAGCUGAGGAGCCCAUUGAUGACCCACAGUUCCUCUUCCAGUCCAAGAUCUGGGAAUUCUGCCAGGAGCUGCCCAUCCACUGGAUCCAUCCCUCCCCCCUGAGUGAUCCGGACUUGCAGGAGGAGGUCGAUCACCUGGACGCCCCCGAAGCCGAGGUCAAAGGCCACCGCUUUACCCGCCAAUCGGAGUACCACACUCCAGUCAACGACUACAGAGCAGUAGGUCUGGAGUUGGACAACCGCCUGGACGAGCGCGGCUACUGCUGCCAGUACUGUCAACAAGGCUACCGCUUCUGCCGCCGCUACUACGUGCCUCUGGGCGGCUUCAACCAGUGGCCCUACUACUACCGAGGAGGCCACGUCAUCUGCCAGAUGGUCAUGCCGUGCAACUGGUGGAUCGCACGCAUGCUGGGGAGGGUCUGAGGCGCCAGCGACUGCCAACGCGACUGUUGCUGUCCACACUUUGAUCCGUUUAUUCACACCACUUGUGAAAUUAAAGUGGACGAUAGGCUCGGAAUUAUUGUCUAAGAUAAAAGUUGGCCAGUAACGCACUGGUCAGACUAAGUGGCCCCUUAGGAUAUUUUAAGUCUUUCUUACAAAAAGGUAUCCACCCUUUAAUUUCAUUUUUUUUGCUUAUUAUUAUGUGUUUCAUUCAUGCUAGCAUGUUAGCUUGGAACACCGAUGUCAAAUGUUUGUAGAAGACAUCGCUUUUACUCCAUGGUUUGAAGAGUACUGUAACGUAUAAAUGUACACACAGUAGUCGUAGUAAUGGUAACAUUUAAGUUUUCUUUUUUUUAUUGCUUUUGUAAUACGGUCACAAUAAUAAAAACAUAUUGCCUUUAGA